ACAUUUUUUUUUAUGAAGAUAAAGGACUGCAGGAUGCCGAAAAACAAAGGUAAAGGAGGAAAAAAUCGCCGUCGUGGUAAAAAUGAAAACGAAUAUGAGAAGCGUGAACUAGUCUUCAAGGAGGACUUGCAGGAGUAUGCUCAGGUUACCAAAAUGCUUGGUAGUGGUCACUUGGAGGCUAUGUGUUUUGACAAUGUCAAACGCUUGUGUCAUAUUCGUGGUAAACUUCGCAAGAAGAUUUGGAUCAAUCAAGGCGAUUUUAUAUUGGUUGGGUUGCGUGAAUAUCAAGAUUCAAGGGCUGAUGUUAUUCUGAAGUACACUCCUGAUGAGGCUAGGAACCUUAAAGCAUAUGGCGAGUUUCCAGAAUCUGUACGCAUCAAUGAUACUGUGACUUUCGUUGAGGAUGGUUUCGAUGACGGUAUUGAAUUUGAUCAUGAAAUGAGCUCUGAACCAGAUGUUGUUAGCUCGAAUACCACUCUCGAUCCCUAAGGCGAUGAGUUCUGAGACCUGUCCUGCUUUAUUUUAUUUCUUAACAAAAAUAUAAGAAAUUCAUUUUUUCAAAUUUUUAUUUCAUUAAUAUUCAUGGCAA